AUGGCUGUCCGUCGCCUUCCUUCCGAGCUCAUUUACCACAUUAUAACUCUGUUUGUUUCUGACUAUCUCUGUGAUGUCGUACUGGUUCCUCGAACGGAGGUCGUUCCUGUACCAAUGCAUCCUCUUCUACAUACCUCCCGAAAUUUCCGGAAUCUUACCAUAGACAUUCUGUCCUAUGUCUUCGAUAAAGGUCUUUUCGACAGAGACGAGAUGACUGUCCACAAUUAUAUCCCCUUUCUUACAGAAAUCCAAUCGAAUAUCCAAAGAGCACAUACCGCUCACCUCCACACCUCCAUGAACUUCGAUAUGCCAAUUCUCCGCCGAUUCGAGAAACGUGGUCCUCGAAGUAUAAUCAAGACACUUUCCGCCUGUUACUGCCUACACAUACUCUGCAACCGUCUCCUCGAGUGCAGCAUAAACUUCGAGCACAUACAGUUUGACGCACUUGCGGUGACGAGCCUCCCGGAUUUCAAGGAGCCACCGGAACCUAUCAUGAACUGUUUAGUGGGGCCUGUCUACCUCGAAAUUUUAAAGGAAGAACUCCGUCUGUGUCGGUUGUGGCCUAUUCGAUUAGUCGCGGUCUCAGUUAAUGACAUUAUUCAGCACAUACGCGACGACUCAUACGGUGCGAACCUAUCCCCCAACGAAGUGGAAUGGAUAGAUGCCACCCAGGAAUACCUAGUCAAUACUUGUCAAGACACUCGCUCCACCGCUGAGGCCCUCCACAUCCAAAUCUUCCUCCGCACGCGCGCUGAAACCGGUGCCACAUCUCCUCCCAUGGAUAUCAUGGGAAUUUUCACCAUGGAUCAGCUCCGGAAGAUGGGUUUUCACGACGUGAUGAGAACGAUGAGGAACUUACAGAUAGAGCAUGAUUCGGAUUCGACUCGGACAGUAAGGAGUAAGCGGUUGAAGACGUUUUGCGAGGUCGUGCAGAAGGAAGUGUGGCAUUGUUUGAUUGGGAUGGAGAAGUUUAUGUUUGAUACGGACAGAGGGCAUCAUGAUGGGAGAAUCGAGUAG